AGCCUAAACAUCGCAGCACGUGUCGAAUGCCGUCUGCCAGGCUACAGUGUGUAUUCGAACGUGUAUAGUUCAGCGACCGGCGAGCUAAAUUUUGUGCGUACUUCGUGUCGCGUGUUUUGUUUUCGUUUGUAUGUUACGUCGAGAAAUCGACAAUAACGGUUAUAUUUUAAUAUAAGUACUUCGGAUAGGGGAAAAAAUGGAGCUGGCGAAAAAGAAACAGCCAGUCGAUAAGACAUGCUGCGUUUGCAGCCGAGACAAUUCCAGCUACAGGUGCCCGAAGUGCCGCAGGCCAUACUGCUCGAUAUCGUGCCAUCACAUACACAAACAGGACGAUCUGCUGCACGACACGGAAUUCGUACGAGCACUGGAGGCCGAGAAGGAGGCUCAAAAAGUCGUCUCGACGCCCAAGAGUUACAAAUACCCGACCGAGUCGACCGUCCCGAUGGAGAAAUUGGAGCGACUUCGUCAGAACGAGGAGUUAAAGAACUGUUUGAAAAAUCCCCAUCUCAAGGAUUACGUUCGGGAAAUCUUGGAAGACUCCGAUCCGACCGGUGCCAUUUCGAGGGCGAUGAAGGAGCCUUUGUUCGUCGAGCUGGCCGACCACUGCUUAAAAGUUGUGCAGGACCUCCCAGAGGAGGAGAAGUGACUCGAGUGUGUUGAAUUAUUAAUAGACUAGUCCAAUUUUUAUAUUUUGCAUAGAAAAAUUAUUUUUUUUUUUCAUUAACAAUAGUU